AUGGUUGGACUUGGACCACGGCGCCCGCCUUCCCGCAAGGGUUCUAUGGCCGAUGUGCCUAAGGAUCUCUUGACUCAGAUCAAGGAAUUCGAGGACGUUUUUACUGUCGAUACACAGAAACUCAAGGAAGUGGUAGCCCACUUUGUCAAGGAGUUGGAGAAGGGUCUGACUGUUGAGGGAGGCAACAUUCCCAUGAACGUCACUUGGGUCUUCGGCUUCCCCACCGGCCAUGAACAAGGAAGCUUCCUCGCCCUCGAUAUGGGCGGCACCAACCUACGUGUUUGCGAAAUCCAUCUGGCCGAGGAACGCGGCGAGUUCGAUAUCACCCAGUCCAAAUACCGAAUCCCUGAAGAAUUGAAGACCGGUACCGCCGAAGAGCUGUGGGAGUACAUCGCCGAUUGCUUGCAGCAAUUCAUUGAAUAUCAUCACGAGGAUGAAAAAUUGUCUUCGAUGCCCUUGGGUUUUACUUUCUCCUAUCCUGCGACGCAAGAAUAUAUCAACCACGGUGUGCUUCAACGCUGGACCAAGGGAUUCGAUAUUGAGGGAGUAGAAGGCAAGGAUGUUGUUCCUCCGUUUGAGGAAGUUUUGAGGAAGAGGGGCCUCCCAAUUAAAACUACCGCAUUGAUCAACGAUACCACCGGAACACUCAUCGCGUCCGCAUACACCGACUCGGAAGUGAAAAUCGGUUGUAUCUUUGGCACUGGCGUUAAUGCUGCAUAUAUGGAAGACGUCGGAUCCGUCCCCAAGCUUGCUUACCUUAACUUGCCCCCUGAUACCCCUAUUGCCAUCAACUGUGAAUAUGGUGCUUUUGACAACGAACACGUCGUUCUUCCCCGUACACAGUACGACAUCACCAUCGACCGAGACUCACCCCGUCCAGGCCAGCAGACAUUCGAAAAGAUGACGGCUGGUUUGUACCUGGGCGAAAUCUUCCGUCUGGCUUUGAUCGACGUUAUUGACAACAGACCUGGCCUUAUCUUUGAGGGCCAGGAUGUUUCCAAGCUGCGAAAGCCGUAUUCUCUAGAUUCCUCUUUCCUCUCCGCCAUUGAAGAAGAUCCAUUCGAGAACUUGCAAGAAACCCAAGAGUUGCUUGAGCGCAUGCUAGGCAUCAAGGCUGUCAAGCCCGAGCUUGAAUUGUGCCGCCGUCUGGCCGAACUUAUCGGUACUCGUGCUGCCCGUCUUUCCGCCUGUGGUGUCGCUGCUAUCUGCCUAAAGAAGAAAAUAGAGCGCUGCCACGUCGGUGCCGACGGUUCCGUGUUCACAAAAUACCCCCACUUCAAGGCUCGUGGUGCCCGAGCAUUGCGUGAGAUUCUCGACUGGGAAGACAACGAGAAGGAUAAGGUUGUGAUCUUGCCCGCUGAGGAUGGAUCUGGUGUUGGUGCCGCGCUGAUUGCCGCCUUGACAUUGAAGCGAUACAAGGAGGGCAACCUUUGUGGUAUUAAGGACAAGGAUUCCUUUAAAGGUCUUGUUUAA